AUGAAAAGGAGGAAAACACUCACAGUAACAGCGAUACUGCUCGUUCAAGUAAUUACACACCAGUGGACGUCUCUCUGCUUUAAGAGGACACACAGAGUUGUGCAGACCUUAAAUGAAAAUCUGUUCAACGGACACACCAUAGCAGUCACUCCUUGCUUCGUAGCAGCGGCAUCAUAUGGCAGGCAAAGAAAACACGCUCUACACGAACACAGAAAUAAAAUUAAGGAUGUAAUUAGGCAGUCGGUGAAUCUUCCCGUCCAGCUUUUGCCCACCACCUAUGCCAGCUUCGAGAGGCAGAAACACAUACAGGACUUCUGGAACACCGAACGGGUUUACGAAAAGCGCAACUUGGCUAAUGUCAAAAAGUGCAUACGAGAUGGAAGGAAGAAGAGGAAGGAAUCUGCCCAUGGAGAGGAGGGGAAAAACGGGUUCAGGAAAUGUGGACCCGUUACGGGCAAAGAGGAAGAACCCCUGAUCAGGGGAAAAAAAAAAGUCCUAACAAAUUUGAGGUGGACAGAAGUGAUUGGCAUCAUCUCCAACGAGGAGAGACAAACCAAAGAUGAAUACAAAACGGAUCAUAAUGUAAAUCAAUUUGCAAAGUCCAUUCUCCACAAUUUUGAAAAAAAAAAAAAAAAAAAAAAAAUACUACUCCAUUUGUACAGGCAGAUAUAUCACAAGAUACGAAUCAUUCACGAUGGACCACCGUAUGCAAACAACGACAUUCACAUUGGACACAUACUAAACAAAAUUAUAAAAGACAUAUACUUAAAAUAUUUGUUAAUGAAGAAUUACUGCGUCAUGUUGAUUCAUGGGUUCGACACACAUGGGCUCCCCAUCGAGUACCAGGUGAUGAAAAUGCUUAACAUUAAGAAUGUUCAAGAGCUCACUUUACCAGACUCUUCAAAAAUGAGUAGCAACAAUUCUCAAGUGUUGACCAUCCAUAAGGCGAAGACCCCUGGGGGGGGAAGUGAAGGGCACUUCGUUACCACGUCGCUCACGAUGAGGGAGAAUAGAAAUAAAUUGGAGAACAGAAACAACUUGGAGAUGCGUCAGCAUAGAUUGAGCGGGACACGUCCCACCCUUGUGCGUGACCUGCUGCGCCGUGAGGACAUCCCUCCUGUGAGCCCCAGCCAAGCGGAGAAAAAAAUCAUGUACUUCAAAAGUCUGUGCAAGUCGUACGCCUCCCACUUUAUCAACGAGCAGUUCAUGUCUUUGGUGUCCUACGGGAUAUGGGGCCUGUGGGACUACACCUACGUCACUUUUUAUAAGCUCUAUGAGGAUAUACAGAGGGCCGUCUUUCGGAGCCUCCUCGAGCACAAGCACAUCUACGUGAGCAACCGCCCCAUAUACCACAGCUACGCGACGCAGACUGUGUUGUCAGACAGCGAAAUUAUUUACAAAAAGCGAAUUUGCAAUUCCUUUUACUUUUACUUUGACUUGCACAGCGUAAGUGACCACUUAGCUUUGAAGGUGUUGGAAGCCAGUGUGGACAACGAGCUGGUUAGGGAGAUGCUUCAGGUGGGACACCACGCGGGGGCAACUAACCACGUGGGACAUCGCGACGUGACAGAACGCGACGUGGAAAUGCUCCGAGCCAAGGAAAUGAUACAGAGCAAGCUCAAGGUACUUGUGUUCACCACCCAAAUGUACACCAUUUUUAAUAACAAGUGUUUGUUGAUUCAUGCAGGGUAUGCAUACGACAUUGUUAAGGUGACGUUUGAAAAAGGCAACUCUCUUUUUUUCCUCAUCUGUGAAAAGUCAGUAGACAUGUUCCUCGAAUACUUAAAAAAAUAUUACUCAAAGGAGGACAGAAUUUUGGAGGUGAAAAAAGUGUUGACGCUAAAGGGGAAGGACUUCGAGGGAUGUACAUACGUUAACUUUGUUAACCAAGUGGAAAGUAAUUUUGUCCUUGUGACGAAAAAUGAAAUUGAUGAAUCUUUCGGCUCUGGCAUUGUGCAUGUGGCCCCUGCACAUGGCUUUUCAGACUACAACGUGUACUACCAGAACAAUGAACUGCGAAAGGUUCACCUUGGGGGAGAGCACUACGAGGAAGGGAAGCGGCCAGGGGGGACGCAAAUGGGCCGUCUCGCAAAAGGGGGGAAAAUUGGAAAAUUUACCCAUAUAGGGGAAAGUGGCAAAAUUGGAGAAUUAACCGCUGAGGAUGAAAAUGUGAUUGAUGAGAACGAUGACCUGAAGGAGGAGUACGCAAAGGUGGUCCUCGACAAAUGUAAUAAAAGCGCUGAGGUGAUAAAGCGGGAUGCGGUGUCGGCGAAAGGGGAAGGGAUCGCUGCGCUUUAUAAUGCACUGCGUGACGGUGUGGGAUCCACACCCAAAAUAAACAUCAACCAGGAGGACGCCCACCUGCUCUUCUACUGUGCCUUCUACGAGCAUGUCCUGUUUCACUUCCCGUAUGAGCACCUGUAUACAUAUGACUGGCGAUCUCACACGAGCGUUCAGAUAAAGUCCCUCCUCCAGAUGUACGUGGACAUAGAAAAAAUAAAAGAGAACAAAUUGUUUUAUUGUGGUAUUAGGAAAAUGAACUUUGUGAAUGAACAUGUGAAAGGUGCUUUAAUAAAAACGAUUCAGAAUCGGAAUGAGUGGUGCAUCAGCAGACAAAAGUACUGGGGAGUAAACAUCCCCUUGAAAAAUAUACUCAUAGGGGGGGACGCAAAAGUGAGUUUUGGUCAGCAGGUAAUGGAUGUGUGGUUUGACUCUUCCGUUUCAUACCUCUACGUCAUGCACAUGUGCAAGCAUAUCCUCUUUAAUGAGUAUUUGAACAAGGUGUUGUCUGGUCGGGGGGAGAAAAAACGCUCAUUUGCUUUGUUAGGGACAAACAGCAAUAAUGAUCAACUCCCCUUUUUUAACAUGUACGAUGUGUAUAAUGAAUUGGAGAAAGCAAAUGGGGGGAAACGAAAGGAUAGUCUCCUCAACGAUAUAACAACAAAGAGGAAAAUAUUCGAUCCGGAAGUGAUGUACCAACGGUUAAUGAAGAGACUCAAAAGUGAGAAAAAUUACUUCAAGGUAGGAAGCGUUAGUGAGAUUGUCGAUCCAUGCAGAAAGGGAAAAAGAGGGGACUCCUUUUUGUUGAAGGAUAUGGGUAUACACUUGUGCUGUGAGGGGGUGGACCAGCUCAGGGGGUGGUUCCAGUCCUUUUUUUUUAUUUACUUUUUCCUUAACAGUGGUAAGCGGAGGCGGCAACGCGAGCGGCAAUACGCGCGGCAACACGCGAAGCGAAACCGCGACAGCGCCCUCCCAAUCAGCAACGUUAUCGUACACAACUACGUCGUUGAUGCGAACAAUGUAAAAUUGAGCAAAAGUCUGAACAAUGUGAUCUCCCCUCGUAAUUUGUUCCCCUUGAGUGGAGCCCACCGGAGUAACACUGCCGAUGUAGUAUCACGUGGGGGACCUUGCAGCAAAGGAAAUGUGAAGGGGAGGAAGGCGAAGGCGGCCCCCCCCUCGGAAGAAAAACAUUUCAACGCUGAUAUUGUGCGGCUGUGGGUUUGCUGCUACAACUUUGUUAAUAAAAACGUUUCUGUAAGUCACCAAAUAUUAGAAGACAUAAAUAAACACAUUUACCUAAAGCUGUAUAACACAUUAAAGUUUUUGCUUAACAAUUUACAUGACUUGCAUUUUUCAAAUGUAACAUUGGAAGUGAAAGGAGACCUCCAAAUGAUGGACCAGUUUAUUUUGUAUAAGAAGGAAAAGACAAUUCAAUGUUGCCUCAAAGCUUACUCAAAAUUUCAAUUACAGCUCCUUAUAAAAUAUAUAAUGAAUUUUGUUAAUCGUGAUUUAGCUGCAUAUAUUGACUACUGCAAGGACAGAUUGUAUGUACAUGAGAGGAACUCCAUAAGCAGGAGGAAUUGCCAAAUGGUUUUGUACAAUGUGCUGGUCGACAUGCUGAAGAUACUGGCCCCCGUCGUCCCACACUUGUGUGAGGAUGUGUACCGGACGCUGCUAUCCGUUAAGGGCAGGGCUGGACAGGGGACAGCAGAGAAAUCGCUUUUCCUUUGCCAGCUGCCAACCAUUAAAAGGAGAAAAGACGUACACUUGGAAACCCUUUUCUUAAUAAAAUAUUUUGUACAUAAACAAAUGAAUGAAAUUUUACCCAAUUCGUUAGAGGCAGUAGUUUAUUUAUAUUCAGAUAGCGAUGAGGUAAUCACUUUGUUGAAGCACUUUUUAAAAACGCCCAAUCCUCUCUCCACUUUUAAUAACCAUGAUGACCUUCGUUUUCUGUUUAACGUCUCCAACGUUGUUUUGUGUAAAGACUUAAUGGAGCUGAAGAAGAUGGACCCCUCCUUCCGCACGUACAAAAUACCACUUGUUCGUGGUGGGGAGGGAGGAACUACACAAGCUUGUGAUGAAGACGUGGACCAGCUGUUGCAGGGGGCACAAGCGGAGGAGGACCCCUUUCAGGAUAUGCUUCGCGCGGGGGACGCCUCCAAGCAGACCUCCAUCCACGUCGGGAUCGGCAAAUCGGACGGGGCUAAGUGCGCCAGGUGA